AUGUCAUAUGAUUUCCAACUUCCGAAGUGGCUGGCGGAGGGGACUCGGGCAAUGCCCACAACCUUACCCUUUCGACCACGCAAAUCCGAUAACACGGAUGGUCCUGAGCAAUUAGAGUCCCAGCUUGUGAAGAGUAACCUCCUCUUGCCCCCAACCCAUAGUGAGCAUUUCGAAACGAAUGAUACGAAUGGUACGGACGGUACACAUGGCGCGAAAGGCACGAAUGAUGCACAUGACAUUGUCGAAUCUGGAACCAAAAGAGCUGCGCUUGAUGAUGGAGAGCCAAUUCGACCUCCCGCAAAGCGUCUCGAGACCGGAUCACUGCCCAUUUGGAAAGAAGUGUUCAAAUCCAUUGUCGACUCGGCUCCAUCCGAAGACGCGUCAGUACGAAAGGUUCGAUACUGGUUUUAUAGAAUCGGCAAAUUGCAUAAUAUAGGCAGACAUCAAUUACCAGACCUUCAACGACUUAGUAUGCGAGGCCAUAAUUUGCGUCAAGCAGAUUAUUCCGACAUCAAGGAGUACUUGCUUGGCAUCGCUGAUAAGGGUUCCAUGCUCGAACGACACGUAGCUUUGAUAGCAGCCGAUGCGUACGAAGCCGUUCAACUGAAGAUAGCAAUGGAUAGCGGAGUCAAAAGGGAAGACAUUACCACAUAUAAUGCGCGAAAAUCCUAA